CAUUUGUAAGGAUAGGGGUAUAUACUAGCAGAAUAUUUGACUUUAGUUUAGUGAAAAACGGAUAACCAGAAGAGACUGCAGACCUGCAAUUCGGACCUGCCUCUGUCGCAGGUGAGAUGGCGGUGAGGCGAAGGAUCUUUAACUCGACCAGACCGUUCUCAGGGUCACCCCAAAUAGAGCUGAAGGGGUCUUACGCAAGCCUCCCCAGCCCAGAAGACAGGACGAGUGACGAGGAGGGGAAGGAGAGCAAAGGGGACUUCAUGCCUUGUUUAAAACCCAGAAUAAUUAAAGUCCUAACGAAGGGCACAGCAGAACAAGUGGGUGAAGCAGGUCCACUGAACUAUCAGAAGAACUCGUUCAUAGCCCAGGCUGAAUGUGAAACCCAAGACUCUCAGCAGUUCAGCCCUUCCUGCUCCGAACGCUCCUUUGUCGCGUCCCCCAACUGCUUAAUCAACCGGGACUCAUCAGAGCACAACAAUGUGGCGUGUUCCACCGCAGCCUCCAACCAUGACAAACCAGGCUCCCCGGCCCACUGCUCACCCAGGAAGAAGCCAAGGAAGAAACAGAAGAGGAAGGAGGAGAAAGAGGAGCAGAGGGAGACAGGGAAGCAGAGACAGAGACGUAGAGUACCUUCUGGUGUCCCUGAGCAGGAGACCCAGACUGGCAGUUCUCCUCAACUGAUCCAGACCCAGCAGGACGCUUCAGAGCACCAAAGUAACAUCAGCACUUCAUACAGUAGCAGUAUCCCGAGUUUAGAGGCGCAUGACACAAGAUGCCCCCCUUACCCCCUCCAGGACUGCAACAGGGGCCCCAGCCAUUCCCACCUCUACUGGGGCCCCCAGGUGUUUAGCCCCCCCUCCAACCUCUCCACCUAUGGGCAGGAGAGUGACUCAGACUCUCCUCUCAGCAGUGUGGGAGACUGUUCAUUGGCCCUAGCAGGGCUCAGGGGCAGUGUCAGUCAGGAAGACCGAUGCUAUGCAGGUCCCUUCUGCAAAGACUUCUGCAAAGACGUGGAAAGGGAUGUCAGGGAGAAGGAGGGAGAAGUCUCAGAGACUGACACCAACGAGGGCCUGAUCUUCAAUGAGAAUAUUCAGCCUGUGAAUUAUGAGUACAGGGAGGGGAAGGACUACAGCCUCUGCAAGUCUAUCAACACAGGGUCAUACGGGGAAGUGCACAGUGUGCAAGACAACAGAACACACUUCAGAUUUGGCGCCAAAAAGAUUCUCCUGAAGAGUUUUAGUAGUGAGGAAGUGGGUACGUGGAGUGCCCUGAAGUCUCCUCGCGUGGUGGAACUCUUCGGAGUGAUCAGAGAGGGGCCCUACGUUGUCCUCUUCAUGGACCUCAAAGCUGGCUCUGUGGGUCAGCUUAUUAAAGAGAGGGGUCGGCUACCUGAGGACCUGGCCCUACACUACCACUGUCAGGUCCUGGAGGCGCUGGAGCACCUGCUGAAGAGACGAGUGCUGCACCUGGACAUAAAGGCGGACAAUGUGUUGCUGUCAGAGGAUGGGAGGGACACUUUUCUGUGUGACUUUGGACACUCGGAGAGAACGGACAUCGGUGGACAGAGCCUAAGUGCAUCCCAAGGAGAUCUGAAGGGGACAGAGACACACAUGGCCCCGGAGAUUGUGAAAGGGGAAACCCGCCGCGGAGCCAAAGCAGACGUGUGGAGCAGCUGCUGCAUGUUACUGCACAUGCUCAAUGGCUGCCAGCCCUGGACACGAUACUACUCCCGCCCACUGUACUUCAAGAUAGCCAAUGAACCACCGCCUCUGAGGGAGAUCCCGCCCGAUUGCAGUCAAUUCACUGCUGAUGUCAUAAAGGUGGGACUACAGAAGGAGCCAACCAAGAGGGCCUCCGCCUCGGAGCUCAAGGGAAGAGCAGCCAGAGCUCUGAGAGAAGUGGGAGGACUCAGCAGCCCCAUCAGAGGGUCCUAUAAGGAGCCUCUACAGAUAGAUGACAGCCCCAGCCAGUCUAGCCAGCCCUGGCCUCCCUUUAGCAGAGACACCUGCUCUGAGGAGAGCCCUGAGCUAUGGCUGGAAUCCAUGAACCCAGGGAGCAGGGAGCUGAACAAUGAUGAGGAGGAGGAAGGCAGUGAGGCAGACACAGAGGAGACAGCCUCACCUCCAGACUCACCUCGCUCUCUACUGACACAACUCCAUGAAUGGCGAAAUCCCAAGAUGGCCGACGUCACCUCCAACGUAUCGGAGCUUGAACUGCGCAAACUGGAGAGAGAGUUCUACCUGACCAGUCUGUCUCAGCUGCACUCAGCAGAAACCCAGGAGCAGCUACUGUCCUGCCUGAGCAGCAGUGACUGUUACUCCAACAGGGACUUAUGGGACAGAAAGGACUCUGGCCGUUGGUCCAUCAGCCAAGGUGAUGACCUCAGCUCUGGCGUGUUCUCCUACAACAGCCAACCGGACGGACAGAUUCUUAGUAUGGACUGGCUGGUUCACCAAAGCCACCUGUCUCCACCCCGAUGCUUUGAGGGAGUUGACGUCUGCAUCACGGACGUAAAUGGGCAAAGCAUCCGGGUCCGAGAGAAACGCAGGGUGAAGGUGGGCCACAUCGCCACAGGGAUCAGCGACCAGAUCUCUGAGAGGGUGUUCACCAUGGAGACUCAGGAGCAGGAGCCAGUGGCCCAUGAUGAGGAGGUACAGGACUCUGGCCUCCUGCUCUGCUGUGUCCCUGCUCCUGACUACUGCCAGGCCUGGAGAUGGAGGGUCAAGGAGGGGGUGCUGGAGACUCGUGACUGAGCCAUCAACUCCCCCCACUCAUCAGUAGCAGUCUCAUCAAGCAUCAGGACUGUGAACUCACUCUUGUACGCCUGUCUCAGUAUAUCCUGCUUUUUAUCAAACUGGGUGUAAUGUCUAAUCCUCGUAAGGAUCGUACCCUUUGUUUCAAUUUUUGCCUAAAAUGACAUACCCAAAUCUAAUUGCCUGUAGCUCAGGACCUGAAGCAAGGAUAUGCAUAUUCUUGAUACCAAUUGAAAUGAGA